CAGCCCUCAGUCUGGCAGGCUCAUGAGCCCCGCCGCCGCUCGCCGCCGGAGAAGCCAAAAUGGGCAGGAGGUCGCCCUUGGCUCUCUUGGUGGCCCUCUGGGUUGGCCAGCUAGCCAUAGGGGCGGCGGGGCGCUCCAAGGUGAACCCCAGGAUCAUCGUGGCCGAUCAUCACCUUGAUCAUCAAGGUCCCAAAGUCUAUACAUUUCCCAGGAGAGAGAAGUACCCCGUCUUCUAUCACAAAGAAAACAGCUCGGCCAUCUACGUCGGGGGAGAGGGAAAGCUUUAUUACUACGACUUUGCAACCUCUGAGAACUACACGGAAGACUUCCCGGUGAAAAAUGAAGGACAUUGCUUGAUGCCUGGGAGUUCGGAGGACAAUAAAAAUUACCUCACCUUAGUGGAGAAGUACGGAGACGGCCUGUUAGUGUGUGGGACCGGCGCCUGCACUCCCACCUGCUGGAACUUGACGCAGAGGAGGGAGAGCACCUCGUGGGACGGCAGAGGUAUCGCUCCUUUCGCCCCUGACUCGAAUACCCUCGUCGUCGUGGAUGGUCAUGACAUCUACUCCACCAUCAAGAAGAGCCAGCAGAACGGCAAGAUACCCCGUUUCCGUCGAGUGAGAGGUGGUGGGGAGCUCUACACCAGCGACACAGUGAUGCAGAAUCCUCAGUUCGUCAAAGCCACCACCUUAAGGCAUGAAGAGCCUCACCAGGACAAGAUUUACUACUUUUUCCGUGAAGACAACCCAGACAAGAGUCCUGAGGCCCCCAGAAACAUCUCCCGAGUGGCCCAGCUGUGUAAGGAAGAUAAAGGAGGAACCAGUUCACUCUCUGCUUCCAAAUGGACCACCUUCCUGAAGGCCAGCUUGAUUUGUGUCGACCCGGUCACCAAAGGCAACUUCAACUGGUUGCAGGAUGUCUUCUUUGUCCCUGCGAGCAACUGGCGGCACUCCAAAGUCUACGGGCUCUUCACAAACACCUGGGGAAGUUCUGCCGUUUGUGUCUAUUCCUUUGGGGACAUUGACAACGUGUUUCAGACAUCCAAACUCAAAGGCUAUAGUGGUCCCAACCCAGAGAUCAAGCCUGGGCAGUGCGUUUCCUCUGGACAGCACACCCCCAGCGAGACCUUCAAGAUCGCCGACAGCCACCCGGAGGUGGAGGACCGUGUGGAGCCCCUCUCCCCUACCAGGAGCCCCCUGUUCCACAACAAGCACCGCUACCAGAAGAUCGGGGUGCACGAGGUCUCUGCGGCCGACGGGCGCCGUUACAACGUGCUCUACCUGGCAACAGACAAGGGAUCCAUCCACAAGGUGGUGGAGCUGCCGGACGGGGUGCAGAACAUCAUGGAGCUCCAGGUCUUCCCGAAGAAGGACCCCAUCCAGUCCAUGAUCCUGGACCACAAAAGGGCCGUGCUCUACGUGGGCUCGACCAGUAAAGUGGUGGAGAUCCCCAUGGACAUGUGCGGGGUGUAUCGCAACAACUGUGAGAGCUGCUUGCUGGCCAAGGACCCCUACUGCGGGUGGUCCAACGGGAGCUGCCAGUCCGUCUAUCUGAACCGGGAGGUGUAUCAGAACCUCAACCUAGACCCGGGGCAAGGAAAGUGCCGGAAAGGGGCUAUUAAAGAAGUAGACGACUAUCAGAACAUCACCGUCGUCCCUUUCUCCCGCUACUACCUCAACUGUCCCAUCGAGUCCCACUAUGCCACCUACAACUGGUACCACAACGACAGCCUCAUCAAGACCUGCAACACCACCCACCCCCAGCAGGCCUGCUUGCACUUCAUCCAGAACGUGAGCCACAUUCACUACGGCCACUACGUCUGCAUCUCGGAAGAGGACGGCUUCAAGCAAGCCCUGGUGAAGGAGCGCCUGGUCAACCAGCUCAGGUUCAUGUCCCAGAAGGGCCAGGCCACCAUGACGUUUGGCUCUUGGCUGCAGCUGCUCCUGAUGGUGGUGUUGGUGGAGCUCUUCCACUGAACGUGACAGGACGCCGCUCUUUCUGCACUUCUGCCUGCUCCUGAGGCGAGAUCCUGGUUCUCUUUCUUGCUCCUUGGACCUUCAUCUUCGACCGUCCCAAAAGGGACCCUGGGCAGCAACCCUUUCGCCUUUGGCCUUGGUGGAAGAGUCACGGCGAGGAAGAUGCGAUGGCAGGGCCAGAUGGAGCAGGGUUUGGGGACAGGGAGGGUCGGGGACGUUGGCUGUACCCAACAGCGUGAAGGGAGUUGGGGUCACCUUCUCCCCGAGCUCGCCCUGGUGGCUCCGUACCGUCCUCCUCCACCUGGGUUGGGGACAUUCAGGGGACUUCUUCUGCCGAUGUGCAUGCACUGAUCCUCAGGGCAUGGUGACUCCUCGUGUUGGGAACCUGCAUGUGAUGAAGAAGAGGAGCCGGCCCUUGGUCUUUCCAACUGGUUGAGCUUCACUCCAGGAGGGGACUGAUGCCUCCCAAGAGGUUUUUUCUUUAGUGGCCAGCGUCCAUCUGGGUUGGCAACCAGGUGGCAACCGCUCCCGGUGUCACACGCCGGUUCCCCUUCAGGUCUGGAGGACUGGGCUCCGGAAAGGGAUUUUUUGAAGGGUUUGGUUUAUUUAUUUAUGUUUUGCAGCUGGCUUUGAGGUGGGAGGGAGAUGGGGAAGUCGUGCUGGAAAACCCACCGGGCCGGGGCGGGUGCAAGGGGUGAUGUUUUGCAUGGAAAAGCCCGGGAAGGUUUUGUGGGGGGCUUGGGGAUGGGAUGGAUGGAUGGAAGGGGGGGACAAGGAAAGGGAAAGGUGGAAGCCAGAGCCCAGCCCCAACCCAGGAGGCCCUAGAAGGAGGCUUUAAAAACGCACAAAUCCUCUGCAGGCAGCUUAAGGGCAUUUCUUUGUCGGGGGGGACAGGCACCUCCUGCUCCCCCAACACCUCUCCUGCAGGAGAGGGACCGGGCUUCCUCAGGGAAAGAGGCUGCCGAUCUCAGGGCGAUGCCCACGCUUUUUUUUGGGGGGUUGGGGGGAGGCUGUGGUGUCCCCCCACCACCACCUGGAGCAGAUCUGUCCCUCUCCUUCUCCUUGAAGGGGAGAGAGGGAGGAGGGACCGGGGUUUGCUUCCCUCGGGCUUUGAGGUCUCCCUGCAAAGGCUUAAACUGUGAAAAACUGGGGGGGCUCUCCCGGCGCCUGCUCCUUCUCCAAACCUUCCCCACCCCUCUCAGCCCCCCCACCACCCACCCCCCCAAAAAAAAACCACAGGGCGGGCGCCCUAUCUCAUGCUUCCAAUAACCUGGCACAGCUCCCUGCUGGGUGCCAGCUCUUGGGGACACCCGGGAGCGCUUGGAGGGGUCUUUUUUGGCAAGGGGUGGGGGGAAGAGGUGGCCUUUGGUGGCCACAAGCAAGGGACAACGGGCCAGAGCUUCCUACUGCACUACAUUUCCAAGAAAAUUCCCC